AUGAUUCCAGAAAGAGCAAGUCUUGAAUUCUACGAUGAGAAGUAUAUCGAGGAUGUAAUAUUUAACGUGAGGCGUAACGGCAGGAAAAGUGGCUAUUUAGUCAAUUUAGAGGGAACUCUCAAAUAUGCUUGGAGUGAUAAUAUCUCGUUUCACAUUUAUCUAUACGAGUUCCUUCACAAUGAAUAUAGACCCACGUUCGUGGAGCUUCAUUUUGAGAAGUUCUGUCAGUUGAUAAAAGAUAAGCUCAUUGGAAAGGCUUUAAACAAUGCUGGACUUACCAAGUGCCCUCUUACACCGAAACGUUACGUCCUGUCAAAUAUGUCAAUGCCAUUUGAUAACUUUCAUUACAUCUGGCCAUUCGAGAAAGCGAGAGGAGAUGGAAUAUUUAUUUUUAACAAAACAGUUAUUGCAAAAGGAAGUCUGUAUAUGCGUUUUUUGAAAAAUUAA